AUGGAUUCAGUUUCUGCAUCAUUGCUUCGGCCUGGCCUAUGUGAAUACCAAUUGGCUAUUAAACGUCACACACGACAUUUCACCACUCAUCGCUCAGUGCACGUGCAUAACAACUAUGGACAUGAAUUCAGUUUCGACAAUGUAGAAAUUUUGGAUGGAGAGAGGAAAUACAAAGAAUAUCAACGGAGAAUUCCAAGAAGCUUGUCAUUCAGAUCAGUCAGUCAGUCAGUCAGUCAGUCAGCAAUCCACAGAUGUAUUGACAUAGACCCAAUCCAUCAACCAAUGAGAAAAGUGAUGAACGACAGGAAGGUCAGAGGUGAAGCAGAGGAACAGCCAACAGGAAAAUCGACAAAGUCAGUCAAUGAUACAACAAUCAAAGGAGACAAUCAAUCACCAACCAGUUGGUCAGGACAAGCUACUAAAUCACUCACGGAGCGAUA